AUGACAAAUAUAAUAUCAGCAGGCAUCGAUACCGUAAAUCGGCCACGAUUAUGUCGUUCUGAUCAUCAACCGAAUCUCCUAGAAUAUAUUGAUACGACAUUAACCGAGUCGUUUUCUCUAAAUCUAACACUAAUGAGAACAAUAUCGAACGGACAUGAUCAAUUUGGUAAUACAAUUCUUGAUCAAUAUUUACUUUAUCUAUUAUGUCAAAAAAUCAAUCCAAAUAGAUCGAAUAAUUUAAUAAAUAAUUUAUAUCGUCUAUUACAUCGAUUAAUUGUUUUGAAUGGAAAAAUUUCUAAAAGUUUUUUCGAAUAUUCAACUUCAUCGAAUAAUCUAUUAAAUUAUCAAAAUGUGUUUCAUAGUUAUACAAAUUUUAUUUGGAAUGAAUUCGAUGUUAAUGUUCUACUUGAACUUGGUUGCGUCCUAUUAAAAUAUCGUCUACGUGAUAUAUUCGAUACAAAUAACACUUUAGUGCAAGAGAAAAUUCAUGGUUAUUUUCUUGAAAUCAUUGGCAUGUAUUAUCUUUCAACAAAUCAUCGUGACUAUUUUAUCAAUUCUCGCUCAGUAGAUAUGAUAUUUCCUUCUCCGGGACUUUAUUCGUCGCUACCUCAAACUUGUCAACCAGAUGAAAAACAAACAUUUCACAAAUUUCUCGAUGCACUUUAUGAUAAUGGCGAAAUUAAUUUCGAUCUACAUCAAAUACGAAGUCUUUUAAAAAGUGAAGCUUAUCGAUUUUUAAACAAAAAGUUAGAAAACAAAAAAAUCGAUUUUAUCAAAUUUUUCGAAACAAAUAUUUGCUGUCGACAAAGAAAUUCAUGCCGAAAAUUAAAAUCUAUAUGUCGUUUAUCCAUUAAAAUGCAUAUUAAACAAUAUCCUGCUGAUAUCAAACAAUUAUCAACAUUGCCACUGAUAAAUGGUCAACUUGUUGAAACCUAUUUAAUUUAUGAGAACGAAUUCGGUUUUAAAUCAUAA